UUCAUACAAUCACCACCAAGACUCAAUCAUCUCCAUUGUUGUGAUAAAAAGAAAACAUCGUGAUGAUGACUACUAAGGUUACAGUCUUGGUUGUUCUGUCAUUUGCUUUAGUUUUUGCAGUCGUACAAAGCUUUGAUUUCCAUGAGAAAGAAUUGGAAUCAGAAGAGUCUCUUUGGGAAUUAUACGAGAGAUGGAGAAGUCAUCAUACUGUAACUCGAGACCUCGACGAGAAACACAAACGUUUUAAUGUGUUUAAGGAGAAUGUCAAGUACAUUCAUAACUUCAACAAGAAAGAUGCACCUUAUAAAUUGAAGCUGAACAAGUUUGCUGAUAUGACUAACCAUGAAUUCAAAAAAUCUUAUGCUGGUUCCAAAGUGAGCCACCAUCGUAUGUUCCGUGGUGAGCGUAAGCCAACCGAGAACUUCAUGUACGAGUCUGUGAAUAAUCUUCCACCGUCUGUUGAUUGGAGGACCAAAGGUGCUGUUACGCCUGUUAAGGACCAAGGCCAAUGUGGUAGCUGUUGGGCAUUUUCGACCAUUGUUGCGGUCGAAGGGAUUAACCAAAUCAAAACAAAAAAACUAGUGUCCUUGUCUGAACAGGAGUUGGUUGAUUGCGAUAACACUGAAAAUCAAGGUUGUGACGGAGGAUUAAUGGAAAUGGCUUUCGAGUACAUUACCAAAAAUGGUGGGAUUACAACUGAAACAAACUAUCCUUACAGAGCUCGAGACGGUUCUUGUGAUUCGACUAAGGAGAAUUCUCAUAUCGUGUCAAUAGAUGGGCACCAGAACGUUCCUACUAAUGACGAGAACGCAUUGAUGAAAGCUGUUGUUAACCAGCCUGUUUCUGUUGCCAUUGAUGCUGGUGAAUCCGAUUUCCAAUUUUACUCAGAGGGGGUGUUUACCGGAGAAUGCGGAACCGAGCUUGACCACGGAGUAGCAGUUGUAGGUUACGGUACAACAGUUGACGGAACAAAAUACUGGAUUGUGAAAAAUUCAUGGGGUUCUGCAUGGGGUGAGAAAGGUUACAUUCGUAUGGCCCGUGGUGUGAAAGCAAAAGAAGGAUUAUGUGGUAUAGCCAUGGAGGCUUCAUACCCAAUCAAAACAUCAGCAAAUCCAUCAACUCGCUCUACUAAAAAGGACGAACUCUAGUCUUCAAUGGAUCGACGAGAUAAUAAUGAUAAUAACCCCGUCAUUAGAAACAAGAAGAGAUUUACAAUUUCUUCUUACGUAGUUGUGUCAUUGAUGCGUUGCUACUUCUUUCUUGGGGAUGAAUAAGACAUUUGCUUUUAGUUCCAAAAUUGUAUCAGAAUCUAGUUUGAUUUCUAGGAUGAAAUAAAGAUCAAGUAAAUACCAAUUGGUCCUACAAAUAAUAUAUUAGAGACAGUCUAGUCCAGUGGACCUAGUCAAUUGUCUGUUUGGUCCUAUUUGGUAAUAUAAAUUAUAAUUUGGUCCUAAAAUUAUGCUUUGGUCCUAGGGUGAUGUCAUGGAUGAUGUAAAUGUCACCUUGUAAUUGCAGAAAUACCUUUUUGGAUAAGGA